GUGAUGUCACGUCACAUGAUUGCCACUCACAUAUCGUAAGACCUACAUUAUUAGCUACCGCUUGAACUCGGUCGUUUAGAGUUUGUGGACAACAGUAUCAACUUCCAACGAUUUGAAGUCACCUAACCGCAGCCACAAUGGGAUCGCUACUGCGGAGCGAGGAAAUGACACUAUGUCAGCUGUUUCUGCAGUCGGAGGCUGCUUACGCUUGUGUGUCAGAACUCGGAGAGCUGGGUCUUGUACAGUUCAGAGAUCUGAAUCCAGAUGUGAAUGCUUUCCAGAGAAAGUUUGUCAAUGAAAUAAGAAGAUGUGAAGAAAUGGAAAGGAAACUACGUUUCUUGGAGAAGGAGAUCAAGAAAGAUGGGAUUCCGAUGUUGGACACUGGAGACAACCCAGAUGCGCCAGCUCCCAGAGAGAUGAUAGACCUGGAGGCCACGUUUGAGAAGUUGGAGAAUGAGAUGAAGGAAGUCAAUGCCAACUCUGAAGCUCUGAAGAGAAAUUUCCUGGAGCUGACCGAGCUGAAGCACAUCCUCCGUAAAACACAGACUUUCUUUGAAGAGGCUGAAUCUCAUCACCAUCAGGCAAUGCAUGAUCCCUACUUGGCGGAAGAAAACAUGGGUCUGCUUGGCGAGGAGGCGCAUCGUGCUGGACAGGCACUUCGACUUGGGUUUGUUGCUGGUGUGAUUCUGCGGGAGAGAAUUCCUGCAUUUGAGAGGAUGCUGUGGCGAGCGUGCCGCGGUAAUGUCUUCCUACGACAGGCUGAGAUAGAGGCCCCUCUCGAGGACCCUGUCACAGGUGACCAGGUGUACAAGUCCGUCUUCAUCAUCUUUUUCCAAGGAGACCAACUCAAGAGUCGUGUAAAGAAGAUUUGUGAAGGAUUCCGAGCUACCUUGUAUCCCUGUCCCGAGACCCAGGCAGAGAGGAGAGAGAUGGCCAUCGGCGUGAUGACCAGGAUCGAGGAUCUCAACACUGUGCUGGGUCAGACCCAGGACCACCGGCAUCGGGUCCUGGUGGCGGCCGCCAAGAACAUCAAGGUGUGGUUCAUCAAGGUCAGGAAGAUCAAGGCCAUAUACCACACUCUCAACAUGUUCAAUCUGGAUGUCACACAGAAGUGUCUGAUUGCGGAGUGUUGGUGUCCGGUCGUCGACCUGGACCGAAUCCAGCAGGCACUCAGGAGAGGCACGGAGAGGAGUGGAAGCAGUGUGCCGUCCAUCCUGAACCGUAUGACCACCAAACAAGAACCACCCACAUACAACCGCACCAACAAGUUCACCUCUGGCUUCCAGGCCAUCGUCGAUGCCUACGGUGUUGCCAGCUACCGGGAAAUCAACCCAGCUCCGUUCACCAUCAUCACCUUCCCGUUCUUGUUUGCUGUGAUGUUUGGGGACAUGGGUCACGGAGUGAUAAUGUUCUCCUUUGCUCUGUGGCUGGUGCUCAAAGAGAAACAGCUGAUGGCCAGGAAGAUUGACAAUGAGAUUUGGACCACAAUGUUUGGAGGUCGGUAUAUAAUAUUGCUGAUGGGUGCCUUCUCCAUCUACACUGGGUUUAUCUACAAUGAUGUCUUCUCCAAGUCACUCAACCUGUUUGGAUCCAAGUGGCAUCCACAUAAACACCCCUACACAGCCAAACCUGAAAUUACACUACAGUUAAACCCAGUAAACACAACCGUCAAUGGAGACCCAUAUGCCAUUGGAAUAGAUCCUAUAUGGCAGUUGGCCUCAAAUAAGAUUGCAUUUACCAACUCCUUCAAGAUGAAAACCUCUGUGAUUUUAGGAGUGUCACAGAUGUUCUUUGGGGUGACCCUCAGUCUGUUCAACCACAGGUACUUUCAACGACCUCUGAACAUCUUCUGUGAGUUCAUCCCCCAAGUUGUGUUCCUCUUCUGUAUGUUUGGCUAUCUCAUCAUCCUCAUCUUCUACAAGUGGAUUCACUACGACUCCACCAUCCCAGCACCAAGUCUGCUCAUUGGAGCAAUCAACAUGUUUCUGUUCAACUACCCUGAAGGCACAAUAGCACUGUACAAAGGACAGCAAGGAUUCCAAGGGUUCCUGGUUGUGGUUGCAGUGCUGUGCAUCCCCUGGAUGCUGUUGGUCAAACCAUUCUUCCUCCGAUACCAGCAUCGAUACGGACAGUUGAAGAGUUUAACAUUCCUGAAUGGCAGCCAGACUGAUGACUCCGAGGUAGCGUUUGUGUCAUUUCCUAAUUCACCAGGGGAAAGUACUAACCCUAGCGUACAGUUCAAACAUCAGCAGCUCUCCGUCAACAGCGGCGACCUUCUCAACCAUGACCAGGAAGUCGUACAUAAUGAAGUGGGUUCUGGACUUCAUCAUGAGGAGGAGGAAGAAAAGGUGUUUGACUUCCCCGAGGUGUUCAUCAACCAAGCCAUCCACACCAUCGAGUACUGCCUUGGCUGUAUCUCACACACUGCAUCCUACCUGCGACUCUGGGCUCUCAGUCUGGCUCAUGCUCAGUUGUCUGAAGUGCUGUGGACCAUGGUUCUGCGAAUCCCCCUGUCUAUCGAUGGCUACUUUGGCAGCGUCAUGAUGUUCUUCGUGUUCAUGGCCUGGGCCAGCAUGACUGUAGCAGUGCUGGUGGUCAUGGAGGGUCUGUCUGCCUUCCUGCAUGCUCUACGUCUCCACUGGGUGGAGUUCCAGUCUAAGUUCUACAAAGGUGAAGGUUACAAGUUCCAACCCUUCUCCUUCGAACACAUCCUUGACUAUGGCGGCGAAGAGUAGCUGUCUAGUGGCAGUUUGAAUUACAUCACCUUACCCAUGGUGGCUUGAGUCAGUGCUAACGAUGACAAAUGAACAACAGUUCUAAUGGAUGUUCAUUAGCUUUAGACUAUUAGGUUGUGUGUGUGUGAUAUCUGACACCUAAAAUUGUCAUGACGGUGAUAAUCAGAAACUUAUAUUCGUAAAUGUCUUCUGCCUAUUGGUUUGUGGAUAAACAGAAAUGCUAACACGAGGUGUUCAUCUCACUCAGCUAAAUUAUUAUCCCCCGCCAUGAAGUAGGUGAGGGGAUGUAAGUCUGAGUUCUGUCCGUUCGCCCAAGAUGAUAGGGGACAGGUUUUCUCAAAAACAAAUAGAGGUCGGGGAAACCAAAUUUGGUAUGUGUUUUCAGAAUGCCUUGAUGAGUUAAAAAACGGAAACCAUGUUACAAUUUGUUACAGAGUUAUGGCCCUUGAAGCGUUUCUUGACUUCAGGCAAUGGGGACAGAUUUUCUCAUUUUAACAGCUUGUGUAUCAUUAUGUGUAGGAAAAAUGAAUCGUCAAAAUAGGAACAGAACACUGUGGCAGGGGAUACUGAUGACCAUGUCUUGUUUAAAACUGCUUUUGUUUGUUACUGUGUGAAAUGUCGAGAAUUUAUUAAGCAUCAAAAAACUUAUGGGUGUUUUUUGUUUGAUGCUGCACUUAGCAAUAUUCCAGCUAUAUGGUGGCUUCAACAUGUGUUAUGCAGGGCAAUUUAAUGUGAUACUGGAGGAUCUCUUAGGAAUUUAUAUAUUUUGUCAGAUAUUUCUUAAUGGUGGUUUUUUGUUGUGUGGUUAAAAUUUACUUUGACACUGCUGAGCACAUGAUCUCACAUCUGUCAGUACAGCAUAUUCUUUAUAUGUACAGUCAGUGUGUUCAAAUUCAAUUGAAAUUUGUCCAAGAAUGUUGAGACCUAGUUGAUGCAUCUCUCCAUUUCCAAAUCCCUAGAUCUAAACUUGAAUAUUUACUGACUGCUGUAUUGCCUAACAUAUACUUAUUGACAAAUAUUUUGGGAUCGGCCUCUUCUUUGAAUCAUUGUUUUUCAAGGAUGGUUUGAGCUUAUUUUGUUAAAUUUCUUUCUCCCAGUAAGACUUUUACAGCCUGUAACUUACACCUUGUGUGUAAAUAGAAUUUCUGUUGUUAUUUAUUGCUGUUGUACAGUGUUGUAUUAAAUAUGAUGCAGCA